ACACGCUGCGCGGCGGCGUUCGUUUUAAUUAAUUUGUGACUAGAGUGCUAGGCUAGGCCAGCUGGUGUAUUCUGCCAAUUUUGAAAGUGAAGUUCUGUGAAAGUGAACUCUGAUAUUUGAAUACUUUAUUGGCAAGUCAGUCAAUGGUGUAAGCAUCAAAACUUUAUUGAGCCCAUGUUUUUUAGAUUAAAUAACCUCAGCAAAAUACUGUACCAGUUUGAACGCUAGGCCUGUCUUUUUGGUCAGGAACUGGCAUUUUGUAACCUCAGUUCCACUUCAGCCCGGGUGUGCCUGCCGCAUACGAGUCUAGAAGAAACAUCAUAUCAGCCUACACCUGUCCUAGGCCUAGAUAAAUUAUGCAUCAUAUAGUUGGCAAUAUAUCGUACGAUUAUCUUUAUGAGUAUGAGUAGGAUCUAAACUUGGAUAUCCCUAUAAUUCGAUUGGCCAUAACAAAUGAAUUGAAAAUGUUGGCCUCAGUUGAUGUAAAUUCUGUCCAGAAUACGGAUCCAGAAACAGACAUUGUUAGUUCUCCAAAGAAGAGAAAGACAACGUUGGAUGAUUCAGCCUUGAGCAGCAGUGUUCCAGCUGUACAAAUGCAAAAGCAAAACCUUGUUGUCGAUUCUGUGUUGGAAGUAAAUCGUGUCAUAGCUUCAUAUGAGAAGGAAACAGUCUCCAGAUUUGUAUCUUCUAAGACAGAUAGAGGAUAUAAUCGGGAAGAAUGGCAGUCAAAGACUAAGUUCAGUUGGAGAAUAAAAGGAUUUCCGAAGAUGGAUCCUAGCACCCCAACAAUAUACCUUGGUUGUAAAUUGCUUGCCUGUCAGCAUGGAAAAGAUCGAAAUUUGGCAAUCAAACGGAAAUGGAAGGAAAGACAAGACAGAAAAAGGGAACAAAAUGAAGGCAAAGUAGUAGUUCACAAUAGAACUGUACCUACAAAAAAAUUGGAUUGUCCAGCAGUGAUUUUAAUCAAGAAAUUGGCAUUAUUCCCUGCUUACAAGGUAAAAAAUACACAUUUUUCAAGGAAAAAGGCUGCUUCAAUGUUUCGACAAGACAGAAAGACAAAUUUGAAAUCAAUGCAGCCAGUAAUAAAAUACUUGGUAAAUUUACCUGACCCUAAGGAACACAAGUACCACUCUGUUGGUGAGGGGUCUGAUUUAAAUGACAAACCUGUAAAGGAAAUUGUGCAAGAAAUUGAAUCCCUCGCUGCAAGAAAAAUCAAGAAGGUGUCAAUAAUCUCACAACAUUUAGACAACUUUUUACGCAAUACGCUUUUUAAAAACAAGGAGCUGCCACCAAAGAGUAAGAGGGCAUAUUAUCCAAGUAGUAAGGACAUUCACAACAUUCUUUACAGGUACAAGUGUAGGAACAGAUCAUCUGACAAUGAACUACAACAAGUGGAGGAGAUGGUUGGAGAGUGGUGUCAUAAUCAUCCUGAAGAUCAAUACUUUUAUCAAAGAAGUCUCAGCAGCGAGGAUGGCAAUGGCAACACUUUCAUGUUCUGCAGUCAAACUAAACAGCAAAAACAACUCUUGCAAUUAUAUGGGGAUUUAGUUGUGUUGGAUGCAACGUAUCGAACAAUCGGAUACUCCAUACCAUUGUAUUUUCUAUGUGUUCAGACAAAUGUUGCUUGUCAAAUCGUGGGCAUGUUUGUUGUUCAUCAGGAGGCAGAGCAGAACAUUGUAGAAGCAUUGAAUAUCUUCAAGUCUUGGAAUCCUGAUUGGCCAGUCAAGUACUUCAUGUCAGAUUUUGGGGAGAAUGAAGAAACAGCUUUAAAGACCGUAUUUCCUGAUUCAAAGUUAUUCCUGACGGAUUACCAUCGUGAGAGACGAUGGGAAUAUUGGGGCAAGUGUAGUUCUAAUGGUAUGAGAGAUUGCAGGGAGGUGAUGAUGACGAUGCUGAGAAGGAUAGCCGAUGCAGGAACAACCAGUGAUUACUUAGUUGCAGUGGCAGCACUCACAGAGAGUCAAUUGUGGAAAAAUUCUAUAAAGUUCCAGGAAUGGGUGAACUCUGGGUGGCUGCCCUCAUCUCAGCGAUGGGUGAAGGCAUUCAAACCAACUGAGAUGGUAUUUCACAUACACUACAGCUUUGGGCUUGCAUUCAUGAAUGAUCUAUUGCCAUUUGCAUACCUAGAGAGCUACAAGUGCAGUACACUCAGUGAAAUGGUUGAGGAAUUAGUCACCAGCUAUAUGCCAACUAUCUACAAACGGUAUGAGGAAAGGAAUCUUGAAUGCAUAAAUGGAUUUUUAUUCCAUGAUCAAAGUGUUCCAGAAACAGUAAGGAAUACUCCAACAUUUGUUGUAGAAAAUUACAUAUCCAUGUUAGACAAGUUGGCCUCAUAUUCAUAUGAUCAGGUGAAGGUUAAAAAAACCGAAGGAAAUAUGUUUAUUGUUAACAUUGCGGGAAGAGUCAACACAGUUUACUUUGGCAACAACGACAACUUGCCUUUUUGUUAUGGUUGUCCCACGUGGGAGAGUAACCGCCUACCUUGUGAGCAUUUCCAUGCUGUCUUCCAGAGCCAGUACACAGAAUGGGGCUGGGAACAGUUAAGCCCAAAGUUUAGAAACUAUCCUUGUCUUGUCCUGGACCACAGCCUUAUUCCAAGCUCAGAAUAUAUUACUGUAACUGGGGAUUAUAGAUCUAAGAACGAUGCUGACGCAACAGAUGCUGCAUACUUUGUAACAUGCCAGAGUACUAACUCAUUACAUGAUGAUGAUUACGACGACGACAGUAGUAGCAUUUCUUCACCAGAUGUUGACUGCCAAUCCACCACUGAAGUGGACAACUCAACUUCUUUGGCUCAGCAGUGUAGGCAGUGCCUAACAGAAAUCACUGACAUUACUUUCUCGCUUGAGGAUCAUAAUACACUGCAGAAUUUACUGGCAUCGCUGCAGCAAACAAAAGUUGCUAUGAAGCAAUCAGUUGACCAAACAACAAGGCCUUCCUCUCUUAGGUGAAAUAUUUGUACAUUUCAAAUGGUUGGCAUUACUAUUAUGAUAAAAGUGAAUAUAUCUUACUUACUGUAAUUUCUUGUUUAUUGCUAAUAUUUGUUGGGAAUAAAGUUCAGUUUGUGCACAUUA